AUGGAGGGCUGUGCGGCCCCACAAAGAAUUAUCAUUGUGUUAUUGGCGUGUUAUCUGCGUGCGGUGCAGUGCUACAGCUCCGGAAAGGUGACUGGGGCGUGUGACAAUAUGACACCGCAACACAAAAAAGGCGCGCAUCAAAGUCCCGCUCCAUUCUCUGUCACCACUGACCGGUUUAGCUUUAAGGAGGGCGAUGAAAUCAUAGUCAGGCUCCUGGCAGCUUCCACUCCAUUCAUUGGGUUUAUGUUACAAGCCAGAGAGGUUGGAGGAAGCAGUCCUCUGGGAUCCUUCACUGUAACAAGUGGAGAAGCCCAGCUACUCAACUGCAACGGACUACCUAAUUCUGCAGUUUCUCACACAUCAGAUUCACCUAAAUCCUCCAUCCAGGGAAUAUGGAGGGCCGACAUAUCAGGCAACCUCAACUCCAUCCAAUUCAGUGCAUCCUUUGUAAAAGAUUACUCCACCUUCUGGGUUGGAGUGAGAAGUUCUCCAGUUACAUACAACGUUGCUGCUGCACCCUCAACUAACAGCAAAUCCAUAUCCAUCCCCUCUACCUCCUCCUUCGCCUCAUCCUCAAAAUUGUCCAACUCCAGCACUGGAUGUGGCAGCACUAAGGUCUGUUUCAGCCAACCUCUGAACUGUGACCCUGGGGUCAGUCCAGACUGUUACUUCCUGUCUGCUAUGACUUCUCCCGGUGAUACAGCCAUCCAGCUGGAGAUGACUGGCCCUUCAGAUGGCUACAUCGCCAUCGGCUUCUCAGAUGACCAGAGGAUGGGAAAUGAUGACAUCUAUAUUUGUGGACGGGACAGUGGCGGGCUCAUCCAAUUGCAACACGCCUUUUCAACAGGAAGGAAGAUACCGGACAUACUUCCUCUGGGAAAUGUUUCUGAUGUUAAAUCCUCAGUGAAUAAUAGUAUCAUUAGCUGUUCCUUUACGACUAGGAACCCCAUUUCAACUCAGCGGUCCGGAGGGUCCAGUUCCCUCUACUAUCUCAUGAUCGUUCACGGACCCUCCAGUACUGGGACAAUCGGCUUUCACACUGGCACCUUCAUCACUGACACUAAAGUGGAUAUUUCAAGUCCUCAAGUUGUUACAAGUGAAAAAGAGCCACCUAUUAUUAAAGCACAUGGUUCCCUGAUGUUGAUAUCGUGGAUGACCACAGGUAGUUUGGGAAUGAUCAUAGCCAGGUAUCUGAAAGGUGUGGCCAAGGGGAAACAUUAUUUUGGGAAAGAUGUUUGGUUUCUGGCGCACGUGUCUCUUAUGACACUCACUGUUGCCGCCACCAUCAUCGCCUUCAUUUUGGCCUUCUCAGAAGUUGGAGGCUGGAGUGGGGGAGCCCAUCCUGUGUUGGGCUGCAUCGUUAUGAUCCUGGCCUUCUUCCAGCCAAUCGCUGCCAUGUUCCGAUGUGGACCUCAACAUCACUGGCGAUUCCUCUUCAAUUGGUCGCAUGCUUUGAAUGCAGUGGCAAUAAAACUUUUAGCUGUGGCAGCCAUAUUCACUGGGCUGUCGUAUUUUGACACCUCUGAGGAUGGUUGGCUUCUGAAGGUGAUGGGGGGGUUUGUUGGAUGGGAGGCAACGAUGUACAUCCUGCUAGAACUCCACAUGCGCUGGAAGCUCAAUGAUCAUGCAGAGAGUGCUUCUGAAUCGACAAGAAUGGAGUUGUUACUGCUGGUCUUGUUUUUCCUUGGAAAUAUAGCCUUUUUGGUGGCACUACUUGUUGGAAUUGGCUCGUCAUGA